AUGGCGUACCAACAAGGCUACGGUGGCCAAGGCUACGGUGGCCAAGGCUAUGGGGGCCAAAGCUAUGGCCAACCGCCGCCUCCUCAGGGCUACGGUCCGCCGCCUCCCCAGCAUGGCGGCUAUCCUCCCCAGCUUGGCCAAUAUCCGCCUCAGCAUCAGCAAUAUCCUCCACAGCACGGGGGCUACAACCAGCCGCCGCCCGCCCAAUACCCGCCCCCUCACCAGCAGGGCUACGGCCAGCCGCCGCCGCCUCCCCAGAACUAUGGCCAGCCACCGCCUGCCCCGUACGGCGGCCACCACCAAGCACCCGCGUACGGCGCGCCGCCGCCUGCCCAGUAUGGCGCGCCGCCGCCCGCCGCGGGGCCUCCGACGCCGCCCUCACUCGGCUACGGCCCGCCGCAACACAUCAACUGGGACGGGACGGGUGACGCGCAGGCGCUCCGCAGCGCCAUGAAGGGCUUCGGCACCGACGAAAAGGCGCUGAUCCAGGUCCUUGCCAACAAGGACCCGCUGCAGGCCGACGCCAUCCGCGAGGCGUACGCCCGGCACGUGCGGCGCAACUUGAUCGACGACCUCAAGUCGGAGACGAGCGGCUACUUUGAGCGCGGCCUGCUGCAGCUCGCGCGCGGGCCGCUCCUCGCCGACGUGUACGGCCUGUUUGACGCCAUGUCGGGCCCGGGCACCAAGGAGCUCGUGCUCAAUGAUAUCCUGCUGUCGCGCUCCAAUGCCGAUCUCAACGCCAUCAAGCAGGCCUACUACAAGACCUUUCACCGCAGCCUCGAGGACACGGUCAAGGGCGACUUGAGCAUGAAGACGGAGCGCCACUUCAUGAUGGUCCUGGCCGCCAACCGCGCCGAGGACUCGGCGCCCGUCAUCCCCCAGCAGGUCGAUGGCGAUGUCAUGGAGCUGUACAAGGCGACCGAGGGCAAGAUGGGCACCGACGAAAUCCUCGUCUGCAGCAUUUUUACCAGAAGCAACGACAACCAGCUGCGUGCCAUUGCCCACGCCUACAAGCAGCGCUUCAACAAGGAUCUCGAAGCCGUUGUCAAAUCCGAAUUUUCUGGCCAUAUGAAGGACGCUCUCCUCUUCCAGCUCGGCCACGCCGUCGACAAAUACAUGCAUGCCGCCACGCUCUUUGAAGAUGCCAUGGCGGGCAUGGGCACCAAGGACCAGCUUCUCGUCGGUCGCGUCGUGCGAUACCACUGGGACCGCCAUGAGCUGGCGAAUAUCAAGGGCGCUUAUCAGCAGCGCUUCCAUCGCAGCCUGGCUAGUCGCAUCAAGGGCGAGACGUCGGGCGACUAUGGCCGGCUGAUGGUCGCUUGUAUUGGCGACACUUUACGAUUUGUACAGCGGCCGAGACUACGGCCAACACAUGCGAAUAUCAGAGAUGCAUUCACUGAGCAGCAACUGCCCGCUUUGCUUCCUAUUUUGAUGAACAGCCCUUGUUCGGGUACGAUCCUCGAGUGCGUCGAAAGCUUUCCCUGGUCGGACCAGGAUACCUUUUAUACCAAACUAUUCCAAGCGUGGGACAGUCUCCCCCUCCAGGAUGCGGCUACUGAAACCGGGCUGCUGAUUGAGCUCGACUACGUGAUUUCGCGGUUCGACAACUACAUUGAGCACAGCGACAUCGGCUUCCGGUCGUGGGUCAAGCGUCACCAGCUCGCCAUGGAGAUUGGGCUGGUCGAGACGCCGACGUGGCCCAAGCUGUACGCAGAACAGGGCGGCAAGAGGAAGUGGCGGGACGAGGUCUGGGUCCGCCGGUACAGCUUUCUGGUCCACCAGCGCGACGUGAUUGCCAAAUGCAGGCUGCAGAGCAUGGCGAGCGGCCGGCUGGCGGACAAGAAGAACUUUUUUGGACUCGGGUGGGCGUAUCCGCGGGAGACUGUGCGCACGGUGCAGUCCAAGUACCCGGCGCGCCUGCGGGAUCGCUGGUACGAGCCGCUCGACUGCUGCCUCGCGCGUAUGGCGACGGAAUCGGGCGGAAACCUAGACGUGGAGACGCUUCGCCAGGAGUUUUGGGGGACUGGCGGCGCGCCGGCGGGCAACCCGGGUACGAGGAGCGAUAUCAAGAGGAAAUGUGAGGAAGAGGCAGAAGCCAAGCAUGUCGACUACGUUGAAAGCGGCAUUGGAAGUAGAGUCUGA